GGUGGAUCGCAGAAUCAGGGGAACUACAACUUCGCUCUGCCCCGCCCCUAUUGCGCUAUCCAGUUUUCUUACUUUCUUUUUCAGGAUUCAUAUGAUGACUUCGAGUAACGACCAGAACCCGUAUUUCUACACUGCACCAUUCUGACAAUCAGCACUCGACAUGUCCUGGGUGAACUACUUAUUUUUUUUCACGGCUGGUGCAGCACUCGCUUGCGAUCCACAGACCCAAUACAGUAGAGAAGAUGGCCAGUGUUGCAAAAAAUGUCCUCCAGGAACCAGGAUGUCGGACAAUAAAGAUUGCCUGGAUCCCCUGUGCAAGCCAUGUGCUGUGGAUGAGUAUCAGAUGGGCCACACUGUGGAAAAGAAGUGUGACCUUCAACCGUACUGUGACCCCAAUAAAAACAUGGUCCACGAUGAAGCUGUUACAAAGGAGAAGCUAAGCGUGUGCAGGUGUCGUGACGGGUUUCACUGCUCCACCGAAGCGUGCAUUACCUGUGUGGCCCACUCCCACUGUGCAGCCGGACAGAGGGUCAAAGACAAAGGGAACCAUUCUCUUGACACAGUGUGUCAAGAUUGUCCGCCCAACACAUUUUCUCCUCUGGAGCAUGCAGGCAGUGACUGCCAUGAUUGGACUGUAUGUGAACCUGGACCCGUAAAAAUAGAUGGUACAACCACAUCUGACGCAAUCUGUGAGUCAACACAUCGUCAACACUUCUUUUUGAUAAUCCCAAUCCUCAUAAUCCUUGCCCUGUUUGCAUUUGCAUACUGGAAACUAAGAGGUAAUGAAGAUAAAAAGCAGAGUUUUGAAGAACUCGGCACUACAGACGCACCCGUGCCCAUUCAUGGACCGGAAGUAGCCAUAACGUUACCAGAAGAGAACGACUACCCGCUGGUCCGUCCUCAGCCACCUAUGGGCACCAACGGCGGCCCCCCAGUGACUGACAACGGGAGAGUCGUAGCACAGGAAAGGGGGAAAGGUUCCGUCGUCCCACAACAAGAAUCCCAUGAUCCCUUGUUGCUUAUCAAUCCUUUUGACUAACUUCAACCAUGUUACUUAAAUUAGUCUGUGAUAGAUAUUGUAAAUAUAUAACAUGUCAUAGACUGACAUUGUUAAGUGUUUGAUAGUUUUUGUACAUACUUUUUUGUUUGUUUGUCAUUACGUUCUUGCGAUUGUUAAUAUUUUCUGAACAGGAGAAAAUGAGACCAUGUCAUGACUAUGUAUUGCCUUAAGGGGGUACUAGUGAUCUGCUAAAGGGUUUUGGAAGUACCCUUGAGCGUGAGGGAAUCUGUACUUGAUUCACUUGAGUAGCCUUUUAGCAACUCGCUGGAUCUUGCUGCAGCAAUACAAUAUGUUAAAGGUUAUAGUUGGUUAAUGAAAACCAUAUGUUCUCAGGUUUGUUCUAAUGUGAUUAUUUAUUAAUUUAAUUAAAUAAUGAUUACAAGGUGACAAAUGCUCGAUUUAGACAGUAGUGUGUGUAUGUGUGUAGAUUGGUUAUGCUUAGGGCCAAGCAGAACAAGAAAAUCGGAUUGAUUGUUAAUGGAAAUUUAGACCAUGGAGGAGGGUUUAACAUGAAAUAGGCUCUUGUGAGAAUGGUAGGAAUAUCCUAUUCCCAAGUCUAUCUUCACAAAUGUCUGUAUAAUAUUUGCUUUACUGUGUUUGAUUUUAGUAACAAGUUCGUCUGAUUAUAAGCAGCCACGCCGAGUCAGUGUAGGAUGUAGCCUAUAUGUGGGGCAUAUCUGAUAUCUUGUGUCUGAUCGGAUCGAUAUAAAAAAAUCCACGGUGUACACAUAAAGUUAAUAAAGUGGAAAACCCAAA